UGCUGAGGGAGGCGGAGACUCGGCGGAGACGCUGAGGGGAGGCGGCUGGCGGCGGCUGGCGGUGGCGGCGGCUGGCGGCGGUUGGCGGCGGCGCGGGGCUGCUGGAGGCGGAGGCGCGGAGGAGCGCGGGGCCGCCGCCACCGGCACCCGGAGAUUUGUCAGACUCCAGGGCCUUCAAGCUGUGAUUAAUCUGAUGGUUCGUGAAACAACUGGGAAAACAGACAUUUUGUGUGCCAUCUGAAGAGUGUGUGUCUAUGUAUAUUUAAAACUUUCUUUCUACACAUACACAUUUACACAAGAAGACAGGCUUAUUCUUGUGCGCUCUUGAAGAGUUUUACAACUGAUGAAAAUUAAUUUAAGAAUCAGAUGGAGCAACUUGACACCACUGGGCUCUGGAGCCCAGGGAGAAAAAUACAUCACUAAUGGCCAGUUUUCCAUAUGGUCUUCACGGGUAAAGAAAGUUUGCAAAAAGAAGAGAAAAAAAAACUUGCGCAGAUCAAGCCUCAAAAAUACCUCUCCAGUUUAAAGGAACUAAGUGAGAAGGUGACUGAGGGGGGAGUGUGAUUUCAAGCCUUGCAGGUGGGAGUGUGCUGUGCUUUUUGCACUUUAUUUUUCAGUGGGUCUGGUGAUUUGGACAGACGUUAACAUUCAGGACUGAAGAGUGGCUCUCACUGUGCGCUUAUGACUGGAGAAAAGCCCGCCAGGGUGUGAUGGGGCAGGUUUGAACAAUGAACUGAUUCCUUUGCCUUUUUUCAGUUACUGAAAAAAGUCCAGAAAUUUUAAUUUAUUAUUUCCCUUUUCCUUGCCUGUAUCUGUAGGAUAGUUCCUUAAGGUAGCAAUUGAAACUGCUAAUCACAAAAUAAUUAUCAAGGCGCAUCCUUGUAAAGCCUCUUUCCUUGGACUGUACCCAGGGCGUUUGGAGACAGUCUCGGAAGGUGGUCAGGAGAGUGCCCUUCAGGUCACUCUUCAGGGAGACAGUGAGAAAAUAACCCAACUCUUGCCUGUGUUUCCAUUUUAAGGGGUUCUUUCCCCUGUUGAGUCCAGGCAUGCUUGCAUGUAAGAGGAGGACCAGUUGAUGGACUUGAUUCUGGGAUUAGUUUUUUCCUUCAAGAUGGAAAAGCACGUCAUCCUUAGGAGCAGAAAGGGGGAGGAGUGACUAGGGGAGGGAGGACGGAGACCUCCUGCAGCCCAGCUGGGCUUCCCUUUGUCAGCACGUGUGUUUAGAUUAGCUGGAGGUCCACGCUCCCGGAAAGCCCUGGAACCUCCUGGCUCUGCUGGGGGCAGGGGCUUCCUUGCCUGCCUCUGUGGCCCCCAGGGUUGUGUCAGCCUGUGUCAGGGUCCUCCCUGGGGACACAGCCACAUGCCGGGAAGCCCAGUUGGACUCUGAAGUUGGAGGUUUCUGGCUCUGAACAGUGAGGAAAGAGUUUUUUUUUCCUCCUAAAAUUUGGACUGCUGUCUGCACAAACUCCGGUCUGUUUUGCACAGUUUGUGUGCCUUUUUUUCCCUUUAUGCAAUCUUCUUCAGCUUUAGCAGCAGAAAUUUGUCUAGCUGAGAAAGCAAGCCCGAGGGUGGCUUCAGAAGGAAGAUGAUCCUGUGUGUUCUGUCUCUGUAUCUGAACUUUUGAAGGGGACGCUCCAGCUCGAGGGAUUCUUAAAGCCUUAAGUUACUUGAAAUCUGUGUAUUUGCAGCCCUUUGUGUCUGGAAUCACAUUACACUAAACUGGAAUCUCAGGCUGAAUAAGAAGAACCAAGUGAAAAGAAGACUCAGUUUCUUUAUCACCACUUGUCAUGAUGCUCUUUCUCCAAAGGGUCACCCGGCUCUUCCUCUAAGAACUUGAAAAUAAAAAUGGACCCCACAUUUCUUUUUAAGCAUUAUCUUUUCUUAGCAGACUGCCAUCAUCUUUUAUAGAGGAAUUUUUUCACUAUGCAUUUGGUGGAGCUUUAUAAAAUAUAUUGACCUUCUAAUUAGAACCAGGACAGUUUCAAUUAAACGGGGUCGGACAAAACAGUGAAAGCCAACCACAGAAAUAAUACCAGUCAGUGAGAGCAGUUGGUUUAAAUUUAUCAGCAUUCAGCCUUGCUCUUUAAGUAAUACGGUUCUUCCAAAAAAGUAUGUAUGCAGCGGUGGAGCAUGGGCCUGUCCUGUGCAGCGACUCCAACAUCCUCUGCCUGUCCUGGAAGGGCCGCGUCCCCAAGAGCGAGAAGGAGAAGCCUGUGUGCCGCAGGCGCUACUACGAGGAGGGCUGGCUGGCCACGGGCAACGGGCGCGGCGUCGUCGGGGUGACCUUCACCUCCAGCCACUGCCGCCGGGACAGAAACACUCCGCAGAGAAUCAACUUCAACCUGCGGGGCCACAAUAGUGAGGUCGUGCUGGUGAGGUGGAACGAGCCGUACCAGAAGCUGGCCACGUGCGAUGCAGACGGCGGAAUAUUCGUGUGGAUCCAGUAUGAGGGCCGGUGGUCCGUGGAGCUGGUCAACGACCGAGGGGCCCAGGUGAGCGAUUUCACGUGGAGCCACGAUGGGACGCAAGCACUUAUUUCAUAUCGAGAUGGGUUUGUCCUGGUUGGUUCUGUCAGUGGACAAAGACACUGGUCAUCUGAGAUCAACUUGGAAAGUCAAAUCACCUGUGGCAUAUGGACGCCUGAUGACCAGCAGGUACUGUUUGGCACCGCCGAUGGGCAGGUGAUCGUCAUGGACUGCCACGGCCGGAUGCUGGCCCACAUCCUCCUGCACGAGUCGGACGGCAUCCUCAGCAUGUCCUGGAACUACCCCGCCUUCCUGGUGGAGGACAGCAGCGAGAGUGACACCGACUCGGACGACUACUCCCCGCCCCAAGAUGGUCCGGCAGCAUACCCCAUCCCAGUGCAGAACAUCAAGCCCCUGCUCACUGUCAGCUUCACCUCCGGAGACAUCAGCCUGAUGAACAGCUACGACGACUUGUCUCCCACCAUCAUCCAGUCGGGGCUGAAAGAGGUGGUGGCCCAGUGGUGCACACAGGGAGACCUCCUGGCAGUUGCUGGUAUGGAACGCCCAAGCCAGCUCAGUGAGCUCCCCAGUGGCCCUCUUCUGAAGAGUGCCAUGGUCAAGUUCUACAACGUUCGUGGGGAGCACAUCUUUACACUGGAAACGCUUGUGCAACGCCCCAUCGUCUCCAUCUGCUGGGGACACCGGGACUCGCGGCUGCUGAUGGCAUCGGGACCGGCCCUGUACGUGGUGCGCGUGGAACACCGGGUGUCCAGCCUGCAGCUUCUGUGCCAGCAGGCCAUCGCCAGCGCCCUGCGCGAGGACAAGGAUGUCAGCAAGCUGACCCUACCCCCCCGCCUUUGCUCCUACCUCUCCACUGCCUUCAUCCCCACCAUCAAGCCCCCAAUUCCAGACCCCAACAACAUGCGGGACUUCGUCAGCUACCCGUCGGCCGGCAGCGAGCGGCUGCACUGCACCAUGAAGCGCACAGAGGACGACCCGGAGGUGGGCGGCCCAUGCUACACGCUCUACCUGGAGCACCUGGGCGGGCUGGUGCCCAUCCUCAAGGGCCGGCGCGUCAGCAAGCUGCGGCCUGAGUUCGUCAUCAUGGACCCACGGACAGACGGCCGAUCAGAUGAAAUCUAUGGAAACAGUUUGAUUUCCACCAUGAUCGACAGCUGCAACUGCUCCGACUCCAGCGACAUUGAACUGAGCGACGACUGGGCUGCCAAGAAGUCCCCCAAAGUCUCCCGAGCGAGCAAGUCCCCCAAACUCCCAAGGAUCAACAUUGAAGCCCGGAAGUCCCCCAAGCUGUCGCGUGCUGCUCAGGAGCUCUCCCGCUCUCCUCGCUUGCCUAUGCGCAAGCCGUCCAUCGGCUCACCCAGCCUUGCACGGAGGGAGUUCCCCUUUGAAGACAUCACUCAGCACAACUAUCUCGCUCAGGUCACGUCUAAUAUCUGGGGAACCAAAUUUAAGAUCGUGGGUUUGGCUGCUUUCCUGCCAACCAACCUCGGUGCAGUAAUCUACAAAACCAGCCUCCUGCAUCUCCAGCCGCGGCAGAUGACCAUCUAUCUCCCGGAGGUUCGGAAGAUUUCCAUGGACUACGUUAAUUUACCUGUCUUCAACCCGAAUGUUUUCAGUGAAGACGAAGAUGACUUGCCAGGUGUGUUCACGCAUGUCAACUGGUUUGUCAUGAGCCCACACCCUCUGUUAACGGUGGGAGGACAGAAUGUGACAGGAGCAUCUGGUGUACCCGAAAACAACCCUCCCUGUACCGUGAACAUCCCCAUCGCCCCCAUCCACAGCUCGGCUCAAGCCAUGUCCCCCACGCAGAGCAUUGGGCUGGUACAGUCCCUGCUGGCCAACCAGAAUGUGCAGCUGGACGUCCUGACCAAUCAGACCACAGCCGUGGGCGGUGCCGAGCACGCGAGUGACAGUGCCGCUCAGUACCCCGUGUCCAGCCAGUACCCCGUGGCCAGCCGCUACUCCAGCCCAGGCCAGGUGAUCUUCGGAGGGGUGGAGAUGGGCCGCGGCCUCCCCAACCCGCCUCAGCUCUCCCUGCCGCCGCCGGCCCAGGGGGCCAUCCAGCUGUCCAUACUGGACCACAGCGAUCGAGACCACGAGCAUCUGCAGAAGCCAACCAAGGCCCUGCGGCCAGUGCCCCAGUUGGCCACUGAGGGGGACGCGGUGGUGUUCAGUGCCCCCCAGGAGGUCCAGGUGGCCAAGAUGAACCCCCCGCCCCCCUACCCCGGAACCAUCCCCGCUGCCCCCACCACGGCGGCGCCGCCGCCCCCGCUGCCGCCCCCGCAGCCCCCGGUGGACACGUGCCUGAAGAAGGGCGACUUCUCUCCGUACCCCACAGCGGCGCACUACCAGCCGCCCCUGGGCUACGAGCGGAUCACCACCUUCGACAGCAGCGGCAACGUGGAGGAGGUGUGCCGGCCCCGGACGCGGAUGCUCUGCUCGCAAAACACCUACACGCUGCCCGGCCCGGGCAGCUCGGCCACGCUGAGGCUCACGGCCACCGAGAAGAAGGUCCCACAGCCCUGCACCAGCGCCACCCUGAACCGCCUGACGGUCCCGCGCUACUCCAUCCCCCCGGGGGACCCGCCUCCCUACCCCGACCUCGCCGGCCCGGUGGUCCCGGGCCGGGGCGCGGGGCAGAGGCCUGACGGCGGCCUCAUCCACGCCACGCUGCGCAGAAACAACCGCGAGGUGGCGCUCAGGGCGGCGCAGCUUGGCGAGCCCCCGCGGCCGCCGCCGCACCCGCCCAAGCCCAAGGGCGCAGCGCCCUUCCCUGCGCGGCCGCCGCCUGCGCUCUACACCUGCAGCCAGUGCAGCGGCGCGGGGGGCGCAGCGGGCCGGCCGGAGCCGGGGGCGCAGCCUGGCGCUGGCCUGGCACACGCGGCCAGCACCUCCCCGCUGACCUCCCAGUCGUCCUACAGCCUCCUGGGCGCAGUUGAAGGCGCCCGCGAGCGCGCCGACUACGUGAACUCGGCCUUCACGGAGGACGAGGCGCUGGCCCAGCACUGUCCAGCCGACAAGCCACCGAGGCACCCGGCGCUGGGCGAGGCAGCCGUGGCCGUUAAGCGGCCGCCCCCUUACCAGUGGGACACUGUGCUGGGGGAGGACGUGUGGGUCCCUCAGGAAAGGACAGCCCAGAGCGCGGUGCCCAACCCCCUGAAACUGUCCCCUCUGAUGGUAGGUCCGAGCCAGCACCUGGACAUGUCCCGAGUGCCCUUCGUCUCCCCCAAGGCUCCCGCCAGCCCUACUGCCACUUUCCAGCCUGGCUAUGGGAUGGGGGUGCCCUACCCGGCCGGCUACAGCACCUCCCCGCUGCCGGGGGUGCAGGCUCCCUGCUCUCCAAAAGACGCCCUGGCCCCAGCGCAGUUUGCCCAGCCGGAGUCCUCCGUCGUUCUGCAGCCGGCCUACCCGCCCAGCCUGGCCUACUGCACCCUGCCUCCCAUGUACCCAGGAAGCAGUGCCUGCUCCAGUUUACAGCUGCCCCCUAUUGCCUUGCACCCCUGGAACUCCUACAGCGCCUGCCCACCCGUGCAGAACCCCCAAGGCACUCUCCCCGCCAAGACACACUUGGUGGUGGAGAAGCCCCUGGUGUCCCCCCCACCCACUGACCUCCAAAGCCACCUGGGGACGGAGGUGAUGGUGGAGACUGCAGACAACUUCCAAGAAGUUCUCUCCCUGACAGAGAGCCCGGUCCCCCAGCGGACAGAGAAAUUCGGGAAGAAGAACCGAAAGCGGUUGGACAGCCGGGCAGAGGAGGGCAGUGUUCAGGCCAUCACCGAGGGCAAGGUGAAGAAGGAGGCUCGGACGCUAAGCGAUUUUAAUUCCCUUAUCUCCAGCCCCCGCUUGGGGAGGGAGAAGAAGAAAGUAAAGAGUCAGAAGGACCAGCUGAAGUCGAAGAAGCUGAAUAAGACGAAUGAGUUCCAGGACAGCUCGGAGAGUGAGCCAGAGCUGUUCAUCAGCGGGGAUGAGCUGAUGAACCAGAGCCAGGGCAGCAAGAAGGGCUGGAAGAGCAAGAGGAGCCUGCGGGCUGCCAGCGAGCUGGAGGAAUUCAAGUGCAGGAAGGCCAGCGAGAAGGAGGACGGCCGGCUGGGCAGCCAGGGCUUCGUGUACGUCAUGGCCAACAAGCAGCCGCUCUGGAACGAGGCCACCCAGGUGUACCAGCUGGACUUCGGGGGGCGGGUGACCCAGGAGUCGGCAAAGAACUUCCAGAUCGAGCUGGAGGGGCGGCAGGUGAUGCAGUUCGGGAGGAUCGACGGCAGCGCCUACAUCUUGGACUUCCAGUACCCCUUCUCCGCCGUGCAGGCCUUUGCGGUCGCCCUGGCCAACGUGACUCAGCGCCUCAAGUGAGGGGCCUGGUGUGAGCAGGAGAGAGAGGCCUGACAGUGGACCUGAAGGAGCCCCAGGGCCCCGGGGACCGGAAGAUGCAGGCAGGACUGGAAACGUCUCUCGGGCCCAGGAGAGGGCACUGACCUUUCGUCGUUAUUUGUUUGGGUUUUUAUUAUCCUUUAUUGUCUUUUUUUUCUUUCUUUAUUUUUAAACAAAAGUAAGAUACAGGAGAGUGGCAUUUGGGACCGAAGGGUGCGAGGCACCUAGUGGUGCUUAGGAGGCGAGGCUGCUGUGGGAAUGGAUGUCCUACUGGGUUUGCUUCUGUCGGCCACAGGAUGGGGGGGCACUUGAGAAGGAAGGUCGACCGCCUUCCCGCCUGGCUGGUUCUCCGAGGCCAGGAGCGUGCGUCGUUCUCCUCCUCCACAACAUCCAGCUUUUAUUAUUCCUCCAACAUCACCGCUAGUGUAAAAAAAACACACACACAAAGAACGUUUAAAGAAAAACACAACCAAAAAAUCCUGAAGGUACAGGUUCUCUUGGUGGGGCACCGUUUAAUUCACACGUUAUGUUAUUCCCUCCCCUCCCCCCGAGGUGCUUGAUUAAUGAAGGGUAUUUUGGCAAAUGCACUGUGUUUGACUAAUAAAAGGAGGGUUUUUUUCCUGGGGGUGCUGUUACCAGAUAUAAAAGGAUGUGCUCGUGAGCUGACAGGGAAGGAUGACGGGAGGAAGGGACUCCUGCAGGUGUGCGCGCGGUCCAAGGGCUACGCUCACUCGUCAGAGCGCGUUUACUAGUUUCCCAGUGUGUCAGAAUUCCGUCGACUCAGCGAUCCUUCUGUCUGAUCAACUUCAGGAGCAAGCUCCCCACGUGUAGUGGUGGCGGCAGUUUUCUGGGCUGCAGGGGUGGGUCACUAGAGGCCGAGAAGCGGGGCUUCCCUCCCUCUCCCGCUCUCAUUGUGGGAUCUGGGAACCCCAGCUGACACAGUAUCUAUCCCGUUAGAUAACUGUUCUGUACUUUUUCUUCCUAAAAAUGCUGACAGCACUGAUUUGAAAGCACUCCUUUCCUCUUUGGGGCUGUAUUAAAAUUCAGUUGGCUAGAGAUGUUUUCCAACAGAUUAGAAAUGUAAUAAAAAAUAAAAGAUGUUAGGCACUUGCCAGGGUGUGAAAAGAUAGAGUUAUAAUCAGUUCUUUGACAAGAGCCCCACCAACUUCUCUAGAAAGAAAAAAAAAAUUGUUUAUUAACUGUACAGACUGUUUACUGAGGUGAUAAACCACUGGGAGAACAUGGUUAAGGUUACAGAACUUACUGUAGCUCCUUGACUGUUACUUGUUAAUUGAAACAACAAAAAUCCAGAGAUUAUCUUUCCCCAUCUCCUUCUCCUAGGGGACUUGUUGGGCCACAUUUAGUCCUGCUCAUAACAGGACCCAGUUCAUGUUUUUGGUUACUUGUAUCUGUGAGAGUAGGGCAGGAGCACAAGAACUGUCUACUGGUUUAGGGUCCUAAAUUUAGAUUUUGUUUUAAAAAGAAACAAGUGGAAGAUACUGUAGAAACGUAUUAAAAAAAAAAAAUUGUCUUUAAUCUUCUGUUUUAGUUUAAAAGUUAGGAAGGAAACAGGCCCAAUGAAAGAUAACAUCCCCUUACCAUUUUCUCCAGACCCCGAAGAAACACAGGUGAGGUUUUAAAUAUGGUGAAGGCCGUCUCCCCGUUAUUACCAGAGUUUCCCAUAUUUUAAAAUAUUGAACCUGAUUCUUUGGUGGGUAAAUUUUUCCAGAAAGAAUUCAGCUGUGUGCUCAGAAUUAUAGAAUUCUUUUAUAUGAGUUUGUGUAGCUUAAUACAAUGUUUCUGUGCUUACUCUCAGUUGUGCAAUAAUGGUUAGAGCCUAUUUCUAAAUAAUUUAAAGGCAGUUCCCUUGUUUCAUUGUCCAAGAGUUAAUUAUUUAUCUUGCUUUGAUAGUGUUUGUAGAAAUUAUUCUGUUACUAUGAUCUGGUGAGUUAUGCCAUUUUAUUAUUUAUUUAGAAAAAUAGUAUGUUUGUAAUGACUUAUUUGGUGGCAGUAUGUUUUGCUGCAAGAAAUAAAAAGGAUAUGGUAGAAGGUG